AUAUGAUACUGCUCUCGAAAAAGUGUUUGAUGGCUCAACAUCGACCCUGAGCAUUUUUUUCAAAGGUAUAAAUUCUGUAGCUUGAAAACGAGGAACAAAUUUCCUUUCGACACUGAGUUCAAUCGCAGAUGUCCGUGUCCGGCAUGUGUCGCAUAGGGGCAUUAGUGGUGUUGCUGACUCUGGUGGUGCGUGCACAAGCGUCGCAUUAUUUGGGACCACCAGUAAUAACUAAGACUGCCUGCCAGGGGACGAGAUUGAACAUCGACUGUCCGGCCGGGCAGGGCCUCAACAUCAAAUCGGCCAACUACGGACGCCUCCCAGGCAAGACAGCCUGCGGCUCGUACGGGUUAUCGGGCUGCUAUACGCCCAAUGCCCUGCUGGCCGUACGGGCCAAGUGCCAGGGGAAGAGUUGGUGUAAGGUCCCGGCAAAUAAAGGGUUCUUCGGGGGCAAGUGCGAAGGGAGCGGCCAAUACCUGCAAGUGAGCUACACAUGUGACUACCCAAUAAUGCGAACCAAGUUUGCCUGUCAAGACAGCACACUGAACAUCGACUGCAAAAAGGGCCACCAUAUUGCCAUUGACCACGCCCUUUUUGGCCGUGUCCAUGGCAACGCAGUCUGUCCAACGGACCCGUACUGGCUCAAGAGUGUGCACUGUGUGUCUGGUGCCGGACUCAAAAUUGUCAAAAGAAAAUGCCACAGCAAGCGGUGGUGUAAAGUGCGUGCUUCAGUCGACUUGUUUGGAGAUCCAUGUCCGGGAACGCACAAGUAUCUCUUCGUUCGCUACAGUUGCACACUAAGCACGGAUUCCAAUUCUAACCCGGGAAGCAACUCAAGUGGGCGGUCUUCUUCUGGUGGGAGUGGCUCCAAUUCUUCAAGUGGGGGUUCCUCCUCCGGUGGGAGUGGCUCCAAUUCUUCAAGUGGGGGUUCCUCCUCCGGUGGGAGUGGCUCCAAAUCUUCAAGCGGGGGUUCCUCCUCCGGUGGGAGUGGCUCCAAUUCAUCCGGUGGGCGUUCCUCCUCCGGUGGGAGUGGGAGUGGCUCCAAUUCAUCCGGUGGGCGUUCCUCCUCCAGUGGGAGUGGGAGUGGCUCCAAUUCAUCUGGAGGCGGAUCUGGGAGUGGUUCGGGUGGAUCCUCAAGUGGCCACUACCACUAAAUGCAACAAAUUAGGGCCUACAACAAAUCUCUACUUUUACUUGGUGGAUGGAAAUUAAAGAAGACAUGAGGAGUUUUGUUUAACAUG